AUGCUGGCGCCUUCGAAAGGCUCGCCACGGCAGAAAGACUACGUCGUGGUGGGCGGUCAGAAGGUCUAUCUCAACUUCAUCCACGCCAAGCGGCAGAAUCAUUCGAAUUUCCCUAUCCCUCAUUCGCUCGCCAAUCCGUUCGUCAAGGAAUCGUCCCUCGUCGGUGCAGUCCGAUCAGCGCCUGCCAGCACGACCGCUGCCAAGCGUUCCCCUUCUGGAAGUCGGCGCAGGGCAGAAGAUGACGCUGCAGCGGCAGAGCCGCCGCCAGUCAUUCUCGAAUUGCGCAAUCAGAUCAUCGAGCACGAGCUGGGCAGGAGAGGCGAUGAUGAUGGCGCCGACGACUGCGAGUUCUCCAUCGAAGAGUUCACACCACCCGCAGCCGCGGCCAAGAAGAGGAAGGCAGCCGAGGCGGCAGCGGCAGCUUCAGCCAUCAAGCGCGAGUUGGAGGCGGUGGAGAUGAAGAGGGCAGCCGCAGAGCAAGACAAACGGGCAGAGAGAGAAACGCGAAGAGAAAUCGAAAAGGAAAAAAUGGCCCGCCAAAAAGCGAAGGGCAAGGAAAAGGCACCAGAGAGCAGCGAAGAAGACGAGAACGAGAACGAUGAGGGAGGGAAUGAGGGGGAAGAAGAGACAGACAUCCCCAUAAGUAAGAGGCGGAGGACAACGGUUGAGCCUGCGCGCAGGCAUCCAGACAAGACUCCUCGCACCAAGUCGGCGCCAUCUCCGGUGGCGAGCAACAACAGGACUUCGCCCACUUCCCCUCGAGGUCUGCCGUCACCGGCCAAGUCGCCGUUCACGGUGCCCACCUCUCCGUUCGCCGCCGCGUCAACGCGCUCGGACAAACGCACGACACCAGCCAAGAGCCCACGGACCUCCGCCUCUUCCUCCGCCGCCUCUGCAUCGUCAGCCCUGCCGUCCGCUGCAGCAGCAACCUCGAAUUCGACCGGACCCGCGUCAUCAACCUCAACCUCUACGUCUACCUCCUCUACUUCAGCCUGUAUCCCCUCCUCGCUCGAUCCCAUGUCGUCGCCGUCGGACGAAUUCGAGAUCACUUCGUCCUUCCUCGCCACGAUUGACGUGCUGGAAAAGAGCGUUGCCGGCCGGUGGAUCGAAGAGAAGGAAGAUCUUGAUGAACUAAGCAGGCGCACGGACCGAGGCAAGACGGCCGAGCCGAAGAGCGAGGGUGCGCAGAGCGCAGCGAGAGGCACUCACGAGCGGAAACCAAACGGCGACGGCGACGAUUGCGACGACAGCGAAGGCGAAGAGCAGCUGGAGAGGAAACGCGCGCGGGCUGCGCUGCCGGCGGCCAGAGGCAGAACGAAGGCGACGGUGGGCAGUGGAGGAGUCGACCGGGAGGAGGUGAUGGACUCGCAGUGGAUCGAUUCGCCGUUCUGCAUGUCGACCCAGGCCGCUCGGGCAUUCGCUGCUGCAGCGCCUCUCGCCAGCCGCGCCAAACGCUGGGCCAACCAGUCAGCCGCAAUCGACGACGGCGCAGGAGCACCGGCAUGGGACGAGUCUCCCGCCUCCUCGUGGUCUCCCGCUUCACCCUCCUCUUCACCCCUCCAGUCAGGGUUCAGCCUUCGCCCACCCGCCCUGUGA